AUGAUGACCGAGGCCGACGUCGACCUUGUCCGAGCGCUUCCGGCGACACCAAGCCGUCUCUCGCUGGACUUGACCAAGCUGGAUGCUACCUCGCCUCGCAAGCUGCUCAAGAAGCUCCAGCGCCGGGCCCCUCGCAACUUGAAGGAACAUUUUCGGGCGCUGGACGUCGAUGGCAGCGGUACAAUCGAGCCUAAGGAGCUGCAUUCGAUGCUGCAGCAACAAGGCUUUUCGCAGUCCGAGAGCAAUUCGAUUCUCAAGCUGCUGGACCCCGAGGGUCGAGGCCACGUCCGGUACCACGAUUUCUUCAGCGCCGUCCACAGACCGUCGCCCGCCGUGGUGCGCAACGAUAUAUCGCCCGACGCCGCACUCGCCCGCGUCCGGUCGCUCGUCACGACCAAGCACGAGCAUUUGCAGCGCGCCUUUCGCCAGUACGACGCCAACCAUGACGGACACAUUGACAAGACCGAAUUCGAGAGCUGCAUGGCAGCGUGGGGAGUACAUCCAGCGGACGUUGCGACGCUGCAAAAGGCGUUUGAUCCAACCGACGUUGGUGCCAUCGACUACAAGCGCUUCUUGCACGUUGUCGACGGCGGCGAUCGGGACCAGACCGAGCUCGCGAACCUGCACUUGCCCCAACACGGUCAAAACAAGGGCAGAAAGACCCGCAAGCCGGGGAUCGAACCGGCACCCGAUGGUUCCAAAGGGCAAAGUGGGCCCAAGACCAAGGCCCAGCUGCUGCACCACCUGCGUACGACGGCCAAGGUGGCCAACCCCAAGGAUUUUUUUCGAAAGUACGACGCCGAUGGCAACGGAACGCUCGAGCAGCGCGAGAUUGUCUCGUGCCUCGCGUCACUCGGGUGGAACGAGCAAGAUACCGAGGGGCUCCUGCGGGUAUUAGACCCCCACAGUGCGGGGGCGGUCGCGUAUGCUAGCUUUUUCGACAACGUCACGGCCAUCGACGCGCCGGUCGUCACGACAAAGUCUGUCGACGCGUCGUUCCAUACGGUCGUCGAGAUGCUCGCUGCCAAGGCCAAGCACAUUCACCACCUCUUUCGGCGGUUUGACGUCGACGGCGACGGCACGAUCGACUUGACAGAAUUUCACACGUGCUUGAGCCACCUCGGCGUGCUGCCCGUGGACGCGGCCAACGUCGUCGCCAAGUUUGAUCCGAACCAGACGGGCAUCAUCGACUUUGGUCAGUUCCGCGCCGCGGUGCUUCACCAUGACACGGCGUCCGAGUGGGCGCCGCUGCACUUGGUGGCGGAAAAGACGGUCGGCGUCAAGCAAUUUCCCGCCAAACACAAUCAUAAAAGCCCCGUGUUUACCUCGGAAGCGGUCCCGUCGGUGCCGGCGACACUGCAUGCGCAUUACCUCGAGCGACUGCGACUCAAACACAGUGACUUGCGCGUGGCGUUUCGCAACUAUGACAAGAAGAAGCUCGGUCGCCUCGAUCGCCGCGCCUUUGAAGCGUGCCUCAAGAGUGUUGGGGGGCGACCAGAAGACAUUGCCGCCGUCUGGGCGCAUCUCGCGGGCGACGAUGACGCGGUGCCGUUCCAUAGCUUUGCACAGAGCCAAACCGUGGCGCCUCCGUCGCCAACCAAACUCCAGCACAAGCAAGGCCUUCGUGCUCACGCUCUGGAUACGCUCCAGAAGAAGACAAAGGUGUCGUCCAAAGCGCUGCGAGCCCUCUACCGCGCGUGCGACCCGGACGCCGUUGGUGUGUUUGCCAAGGAACGCUUGCGACACGAGAUGCAAGCACAACUAAAGCUCUCUCCCGACCAAGUCGACACGCUCUUGCGGCAUAUGCCGUCGCAGAUGGAGGAACGUGAUCUCGCCGCGUGCCUCUAUAAGUCGUCACCCUAUGUGGGUGCCGCUCGGCUGCACUUCAAAGACGCCCAGCGUCUCUUGCGCCUCGAAGAGACGCACCCCAAGCAGCUUCGAGCGCUCUUCCGCACGAUGGACGAAGACAAGACCAACCAAGUCGUCCACACGUGUCUCACCUCGUCGGCGCUCAGUGGCGCGCUCAAGAACGCGUUUGGCGUCGAGAUCCCGCCCGAGCGCCUCGCCGCGUUGAUACCACCUGUCGCCACCUACAGCCAAGUGCUGCAAGCCGCCCACGCCGCCGUCACAGCCGAGCCGCACGAGACUUCGUCGCCGAUCGAUUUUCAUGGUCGGCUCUUGGGCUGCCGCGCGCUCCUCUGUCCGCGCGCAACGAGCGACCCUUCUUUCUUGGGCCACGACAUGCGCCCGCGGGACAACGCGGCUGCGAUGCGGCGGUCGUUCCCAGGACCCUCGGACGCCGCUGGACUCGACUCGGCAGGCUUUCACGCCCGCUGCAGUGCUUUGCACAUCGACACAACCGCGCAAGAUACACCAAUGGACCGUGACGUGGCGCCGCGAUGGAAGCUCAAGGCCGUCGACGGCGCCCACGAAAAGGUCGGUCUCGGAGGCGGCCGAAAGCGCAUGGCCGCGCGCAACAUAGAGCACGAUCACAAAAUGCGCUCGCUACUGGCGCACGACGCGUCGUCAUGACACGUCAUUAGGUCAUAGAUUAGACGUUGGUGACACUCGUCGUAUCCUCGUCUUCGUCUUCG